CGGUCUGGGCGGGGCGAUGAGAAAGGAAAAGGGCGGUACUGAGGGAGGAAGCGUAAGGCCAGUGCUUCUCGCGUGUGUAUGUGUCUCACAUUCAGGUUCUGGGUGCGCAAUUUUUGGAUUGAAGAGAUCUCCGAGCGGUGGUGUGUGUGCAUGUUGCGAUUCGUUUGAGUUUUUUUUUAUCUUUUAACCUGAACAUGGCAUGUGAAAGAGAGAUGUGAAGUCGGAAACAGUGAUCGAGCUUGUGUGCACUUUGAGGCGGUGGUAAGCCAAGGGCAGCGAAGCAAGCGAUCGGCAAGGGUGGGGUGUUCAAUAAUGUUUGAUUAGCUUUGAAGUUUUUAUUGGAAGACUUUAUGAAACUUAGUUUCACAGAAUAGCAUUCUUUGCACAAGAAGAAUUUGUAAUUUGUCGUGGCUACUCACGGCCAUCCACUUUGACGUUCGACGAUUGUAGUUAUGGCAACGGCUCAGCUACAUGGGCGCUGGAAUUUGACGCCUUCCCGAGCCUUGCCUGACAGGAAGAGCAGAUUCGAAAACCUUCGGUUAUGUGGGCUUCCUCUCUUGACUGAACAAGCAGACCUGAAAGGACUUCGAAUUGCUAAAAAAUCGUCAAGGAGAAGAAAUAAUGGUCUAGUGACUGCAGCCCAUACAGCAAGAGGAUCAGCUAUUGACCAUGGAUACGACUUAUACGAGCUCUUGGGGGUGGAGACUGACGCGCCAUUUCCUGAGAUCAAGCAAGCGUAUAGAUGGCUGCAGAAGAGAUGUCAUCCAGAUAUUGCCGGACCUAUCGGCCACGACAUGUCCAUAUUGCUCAACGAUGCUUACGCCACCCUUCAGGAUCCCAUGCAGCGAGCAGCAUACGAUGUGAAACGUGUUGAAAGGGCUGCAUUUGAUGGCUACACUGGUAAACCCUUGUAUUCCAAAUGGUUAGGCCCCGAAGAGGAAGACCGAGCAAUCUUUGUGGACGAGUCGCAAUGCGUGGGCUGUCUGAAGUGCGCACUUAUAGCCUCCAACACAUUCGCCAUCGAGAAUCGUUACGGACGAGCUCGAGCUGUGGGUCAGUGGGGCAAUUCGGAGGCCACCAUUAGCGAUGCAAUUCGGGCUUGUCCUGUGGACUGCAUCUCAUUUGUACAAAGAGACAAGCUUCCCGCCUUGGAAUUUGUCAUGACAAAGCAACCUCGAGUAAUCGUUGGCGUUGACAUGUACUCGUACGGUGGCCAGAGAAAUGAAAACGUUUUUGCAGCAGCUGAGAAGUUUCUGAAGCGGUGUGCGGAACGUGAGCUAUCCAAAAGGUCAAACCUGCAAGAAACACCAGCUCAGAGAGAGGCACGAAUGGCAGCUGCAGAGAAUAUCCAAGCUCGAGCAGGUCGUUGGUGGCACCAUUUCGUUGGAGUUGAUCCUUCUGAUUUGGAUUCUGUGCGUGCUUGCAGAGGAGCAAUUGUACCUCUGAGCUGGAUACCUUCAACUGGAAGAGUGAGCUCAACUGCUUCCCAUACCUACCAAGGGCCUAGUAUACCUGAAGAGCUUGGUCGUUUAUUUGAAGCUGCUAGGAGGCGACGGCAAGGAAACGGCGAAGAAGGUAAUGUGCUUGCAGAAGACGAUUACUGGACCCCUGUAAAGCAUGUGUCAAGAUCCGUACCUUCAGAGGAAAAGCGUGCAACUGGUCCGAGGAGGGAAUCAAAACCAGGAAAACCUGGAAAUAGCUAUGAACCAAAGUGGGCAGGGAUUUCUGAUCUCCAAAUGGGUGACGAGGUGCUCAGUGGGUGGUUGAAAUCCGGCUUGUCGGCUAUUCCAGUGACGGCGUCCUUGAUCGGAGCUGUUUCUGCUAGUAUGACGAACGGGUUGGGUGCUGCAAAUUCUUCUGACAUUUCAUCUGGCCCAUUGCCGGCUGAAAUCACCUCAGGCAUUUUCAUGCAAGUGUUCCUGGCCGCUGCAGUUUGGUACAUGAUUGGCGCUGUGGUCGGCGGCCUUGCCACAUUGUUGGUUGUGUCAGCCAUCACGAUAAAACGCAACAAGGACUGAGCAUGCAACCAGUGACAUUCAAUAUUCUUGCAAGAAAGAAGUUAUUACAAUUACUGCCAAAGAAUUAGUCGAAAUCAAUGUCAUCCUCCAGUAACUUCCGAACUGAACCUGUUUACUGAUGCCAGAGAUGUCCAGCAACAAAAAUACAAUAUGUUUAGUCUGUACUAUACAAUAAUUCGAAUGCUAAGCAUCCCAUUAUUCGUUAUUAAUCAGGGAAUAUAUACCAAUGUUAUAAUA